AUGUAUAAUGACCUAGAAAAUUUCAUUGCAUUUACGGAGAGAGAUGAAUUUCAUAACAAUCAAAAACUUGAAAGUGCUUUAUAUCCAUAUCCUUACGAAGAUUAUUCAUUACUUGAAUUAUGUUGUUACCAUGGAGCUGUUGAUUGUUUCAAAUUUUUAAGAACAAAAUUUAACUCAGAAAUAACUCAAAAAUGUCUACAACUUUCAUUUUUAGGAGGAAAUCCAGAGAUCAUGAGUGAAUGUUUGAAAUAUCGAAAACCAGAUGAAAGAUGCAUGGAAUAUGCAAUUAUAUCACACAACAUUGAUUUUGUUACAUUCUUGAUGAAUGAAUACAAUAUAAAAAUUAAUUUAACAUGCUGCGAAUGGUAUAACAAUCUUGAAUCAAUUUUAGUUUAUUUCGAUCAAACAAAUGAUAUAAGCAAUAACUUUGUUUAUGCAACAAAGUUCAAUAUUCCAUCACUUUGCGAAUAUUUCCUUAAACACGGGGCAAUUACCAAUGAAAAGAAUGAUAUUGGAAAAACUGCUCUUUAUUAUGCAGUACGUUAUUGUAGCAUAGAAAUGGCUGAAAUUCUUAUUUCACAUGGUGCAAAUUUCAAUAAAAAAGAUUAUGAUGGACUAACUUCUCUUCAUGAUGCAGCAAUAUAUAAUAACAAAGAAAUGGCCGAAUUUCUUAUUUCACAUGGUGUUAAUAUCAAUGAAAAAGAUAGAUAUGGGAAAACCGCUCUUCAUUAUGCAGCACUUUAUAAUAGUACAGAAACAGCCGAACCUCUUAUUUCAAAUGGUGCAAAUAUCAAUGAAAAAGAUGAUUUUAUACAUACUGCUCUUCUUAAUGCAGCAGGCAAUAAAAACAAAGAAAUGGCCAAAUUUCUUAUUUUACAUGGUGCAAAUGUCGAUGAAAAAGAUAAUCUUGGACAAGCCGCUCUUCAUUUUGCAGCACGUUAUAAUUACAAAGAACUAGCAGAACUUCUUAUUUUACAUGGUGCAAAUAUCAACGAACAAAAUAAUUUUAGAUAUACUGCUCUUAAAUAUGCAGCACUUUAUAGAAGUAAAGAAACAGCUGAACUUCUUAUUUCAUACGGCGCAAAUAUCAAUGGAAUAGAGUACUUCAUUGAGAAUUAUGGAAUAAAAAUAAAAAAGCAGCCGGAGCUUCGUAUUUGA